AUGAUCGCUGACAAGCAUUUCGACCCAUGCCUACCAUUGUCAAAGGCCCCUAUUGAAAACUUUCCUCUACGGCGUUCUCGGAUCCCAACAUCUUCGUUCAACUCCAUUGCUCAUGAGAUAGACCUCGUAAAGGUCCAGUACCAGCGUAAUUCACACCACCCAUUGCACUUGGGAUAUAAAAGUUAUGCCUCCCUUGCCCCCAUUUUCAAUCACCUGUUGGCGAAAUUUCAAUCGCUUUAUCGGACUACUACACAAGCACACGUAGUCGAGGGGACCAUGAGCAAAUUCAAAUAUUCCUACCAAGCAUUCCUGUUCUUCCCCAUCCUUCACGAAGAGAUCCAAUUACCAACAGGAUCAGAUCUCGCUAAGCUGGAUGCAAUUGCUGAAAUUGUCCUUGAUUGCAGUGGUCAGAACGCUCACGGCCCAGGCCAGGCUGGCCGUUCAACCAUACCUAUUUACGCCAUCCUUUGCAACCCUUACUUGAACCAGUCCAAGGUGCCUACCGUCAGGUUCAUCAAGUUUGAAGGCGCAUCGCGAUCUUUCUUCGUGGGCGCCGAAGCUAGGAAGAAUUCGCAAACUGAGGUAUAUGGCUUGUACCAGCCAGACGUGGACCCUUUCAUGUUUUCGAAAUCUCUGCGCGGCAUCUGCGAUAUUAUUUUUGACUUGCUACUUUUGGGCUUUAUUGACAGCAUGAAAGCAAGUCGGGGCUUGCAAUUUGCUUUCGGUAAAUUCGAUUACGCAGAAGAAGAUGCGGAGAAGUGGGAUGUAUCCAUUAACCAUGCAGAGAUUGCACUGAAGAAGUUCCGUGAAGCAGCUGAACAGUAUCAGAACGGCCGCCUCGGAUGCUGCGACGACAUUGUCGAAGAGGGUAUGCAGGCCCUCAAUACAGCCGUCGAAAGCUCGCCUGGUUGGUACCCAAGGGAGAACGCCAUGACCCAUUGGAAUGUCGAUGAAAUAGAUCGGCGUCCGUGA